GUGAAAAAUUUUCGUUAAAAAAGGCGAGAGAAAGAGAGAAAGGAGCAGAAUACUCUGAAGUGAAAAAGAGAUGCAAGAUGAAGGGGCAAAUGAUCGUUCUGAUGACAAGAAGUACAGAUCAGGAACGUCCAUAACUGUGACCGGUCCUAUAAUCGAGCCUUAUCAAACAUAUACUGUCUCAGAUGAAGGGGCAAAUGAUCGUUCCGAUGACAAGGAGUACAGAUCAGGAACGUCCAUAACUGUGACCGGUCCUAUAAUCGAGCCUUAUCAAACAUAUACUGUCUCAGGGAGUGGUGGUACACCUGCAAUGACCCACAGCUAUGUCAACAACUUAGGGGGCACUGCUUAUCAGCGACAAAGUAGCAGCCUAGGAGGUUCCGCUUACAGUCGAGGAGAAGUGGUGGUUAUUCCUGCCGGGGGAAUGGUGGAUGUACAGUAUUCAGCACAGGUUAUCAAUCAGCCUACCAAAUUUGUGAUCCCAGCAUCAGACAGAGGAGCACUGCAAUCUGUGCAACUAGAGUAUCCAAGAACAAGAAUGGGCGUUACGAGGUACGAUGUAAAACAUGCGGGUGAAUUCAAGCUGUAAGGAAACGACUCACUGAGCCGGCGCUGCUUUGAAAUUGCUGCCGUUUUGAAGAUCGUCAUCGAAGGACACGACAAACGAGGAGGGAGGCUCUGAGGAGGAGAGAACAGGGGCGGGGGGACACUGCGAGACAUGCGGGGAGUCUCGAUGAAAGGUAGAGGUUCUUCUGGGCUAUCAUUUUCCCGGGCUUGCAAAAUUGGGUCGAUGUUUGUUUCGGUCGGCUUCUCGCGAGGACCUACUGACGUUCGACUCUGACUUUGACUUGGCGCUUACGGUUCCAAUCCUGUGUGCCAGUGUGAGCGCUAAGAGAGCGCUGUCUUUGUGGACAGAGAACUUCGUUAUCGCUUCUACUCUCGUCCUCUUCUCUUUCUGGAUUUGCAUUAGGAGCUGUUUUCUCGUCCUAGUUUAAGGUAGCAGCAUUUUUCUGACAUUUGCUCAUAGUACUAGGAAUACUGACAAAGUUCGUUCCUCUAUUACUACGUCUGUGUUCGGCUUUGCAACAAAGGUCGUUGGAUUUUGCCUCUGCUGAAGGCGGCGUGAUUUCUUUGGCUGUCUAGCGUUCUCACGACUUUUCAGCUGAGGCCUUUCUCUAAAGCGGAGAUGAGCUGCAGUAGUAGAUAUACCCUUCGCCUUGAUGAGGAGCGUGUAAUCUUGGUGGUAUGGCGCUUGACCUCCCCCUACCCGCCACUUCUCCCAUGUCUCCCUGCUCUCCUUGCCACGGAAAUCCUCGAUGCCUCUAAAAGGUCUUGAGUGGAAGGAGUUCAUUCUAUGUGAUUUUAAAGGCUAGAUAUAAUUCUCCUUUACGAUCUGCUGGCUGUUGUUUCGGUAGCGUUGGGCGGCAUCGCAGACUUCCUUGAGUUGCAUCGCAAGAGGACAGUUUGCCCGAUGCUGUGCCAACUCCCUCAGCACUAGUGCUCACAGUUGCGCUUCCUCUUGCGGCUGGCUGUACGCUAGAAUAGCAGUUCACUUUCACUGUGGCGCAUUGUGUUUGUUCACAGUCCGCCAUUGGCGAUAGAUUAUGCGGGAGCUUUUUAGUCGGUCAUGUAUCGACACUCCUUUGCAAAUGAAUGGUCAUCCAUCCGUUUGUGCUCGUAUGGCGGUCCUCGUCGCACCAGCUUUCACGUCUGCAUUGUUGAGUAGACAUUGCAGUAGCGUUUGUUGCGGCCGAUGGAAGCAGUGUUUGCAGCUCCCGCAGCACUCCCCACAACUUGUACCGUCGCAGUGCAGUUGCCACACAGCAUGUGGUUGGGUUGAUCAGUAACCCUGUCCCGUCCAAAAAGCCUACCUCGAGAUUAUUGGCCUAGGCACAAACGCCUGUGUGGCGAGUCCUCUCAGAACGGGAUCCGGUGGCUGCUGUUCGGAGAAACUUGCGUGAAAGCCAUCUACCAUAGCAGUAUAUUGCGAUGGUCGAGACUUCAAAAUGUUCUGCUUGCUGUAGACAGAGAAGCAGGUGUGCGAGAAUCCUCUCGAACCGGCCACAAAUUAU